GUUUAACAGUGUCAUUGCUUCCUGUCUGUAUUAACUCCAGGCCUCUGGGAAAGGGUUUGUGCUGAUCCAGACUAAGGAAGUGUCCAUGCGCCCCGAGGACGUCAGCAGAGUGUUCCAGAACGAUGCAGAGGGACUCCUCGAGUGGAUCGCCAACGGCCCAGUGACAGCUCUGGAGUUGAAUGGAGACGGGGUAGUGGAGGCCUGCAAGAGCAUGGCCAGUGACAUGUUCAGUGGAACCAAGGUGUUUGUUUCAGACAACAGAAAUACUUCCUCUCGAGAUGUGGACAACUUCUUCAACUUUGCUGACAUGCAGAUGGGCUUGUGAUUGAGUCACUGUAUGACAAUCAACUUACUACACAACCAAGGAUUUUUUUUGUUAUAUUUUUUAUACUAGUAGGUAGCGGAGAAGGACAGGUUAUUCAACAUAGUGAUGGUAGGUAGUGGAGAAGGACAGGUUAAUCAACAUAGUGAUGGUAGGUAGCGGAGAAGGACAGGUUAUUCAACAUAGUGAUUGUAGGUAGUGGAGAAGGACAGGUUAUUCAACAUAGUGAUUGUAGGUAGCGGAGAAGGACAGGUUAUUCAACAUAGUGAUGGUAGGUAGCGGAGAAGGACAGGUUAUUCAACAUAGUGAUGGUAGGUAGCGGAGAAGGACAGGUUAAUCAACAUAGUGGAGAAGGACAGGUUCAUUAGUUAUAACGAGCAGCCAGGGGGGGGAACGCUGUAUUAGUUAUUUGGCUAUUCAAAUUUCUUGAAAUUCAAGAAAGUAUUCUUGUUUAUAUUGUGUAUAUUUUGGUUUUCGCUGUUCUGUUAGGUAAUUUUGCUGUGUGUGUGUGUGUGUGUGUGUGUGUGUGUGUGUGUGUGUGUGUAACACACAUUGAAACCAUUGUGGUGAAUGAUCGGUGUAGAGUGAAAUUGCCCCUAGAUUCUGAUCUUGAAUCAGUUUUGCAUUUCCCCCACUGUUUUAUGUUAGGGUUUGUGGAGGUGAAGAGCUGAUCCAAGAUCUGUUCCGAGGGGAAACUUUACCCCGUACAUCAUGUGUUUUCUCUUCGGUAUUUGUUAGGGUCCUUGCUAUUUGGGAUGCUUGGGACGUCCCAACUCUGUCAUCCCAUUCAAGUUGAAAUUUAAACUAGUCUAGGUAAGGGUUAAGGUGCGGUUCGAGGUUAAGGGCUCAGACACAGCAGUAGUGUUCUCUGGCCCAGAGUACUUGGCCCCUCUGAACGUCAUUUGUGAACCGAGUGCACACAGAUUUGACAUGUCGAAUCGGGUGAAAUGUGUCUGUGGUCAGACGUCUAUAAAGGGUGGUCCCUAAAACACAGUGCGCUGAACGAUCAACAGACGAACGCUAAAUCCCCAUUCGGUGCCAUAUGUGCAAGGCUUUCAACUUAGGUUUAGGGUAGGGAUGUCCCAACCAAUAGCAAUAACCCAUUAGUUUGUGUGUUUGGUUGAGCAGCAAGACACCGGGACUUCCUUAGUGGUUACCUGAGUUACCUGUGUUGUUUCCAGAAACGUUGUCAGGGUGAUACUGGUGUAAAUAGCUGAUUGGACAAUGCUGUGAUUGAGUACAGGGGUGUAUUCACUAGGAAAUAAACAGAAGAAAGCGGGAGAAAAUGGGGAGGAGACCUACCUAAAAAUGUUUUGCUACAGUUGGUGUGCACAAAUAGACACCUGAAGCCACAUAAUUCAGGUUGUACCUGCAACACUCUGGUUACACCAAUGUAGACUACACCUAUUAUGUAAAUAAUUAUUUCACAUAUUUUAGUUGUUUUGUUUUUUUGUGGGGGAGGGGUGAAUUAAAUAAAUGUUCUUAGAAAGCAUUUAGAAUGUAUUGAAGACAGGAAGAGAGGUGGUAAUGUUGUUUUCUAUGGGACCAGACAGGAAGAGAGGUGGUAAUGUUGUUUGCUAUGGGACCAGACAGGAAGAGAGGUGGUAAUGUUGUUUUCUAUGGGACCAGACAGGAAGAGAGGUGGUAAUGUUGUUUUCUAUGGGACCAGACAGGAAGAGAGGUGGUAAUGUUGUUUUCUAUGGGACCAGACAGGAAGAGAGGUGGUAAUGUUGUUUUCUUUGGGACAGAAUCUCAUCCCUGUGAUGAAAUUCCUGCUUCUCAAAUGGCGCCCUCGUCCUCUACUAUUGCCCAGGGUAGUGCACUAUAAAAGGACUAGGGUGCCGUUUGGGAAGCACGGUAUACUUUAACAUUUUGUAUUUGUUGAAGGAAUGAUCUGAUUGGGACUUUGUAUUGCUGAAUGUUUCCUAUUGUAUCUCUGUAGAAUCAAAUGAACAUGUCAUUACUAAUAUAUUAAAGAUCCAUUUGUA